UAAAGGAUGGAAAACAUAUGGUCGCUGACACAAAGCAGACAGAAUUUCUGGAGCCAGUGGAGCGGAGGCCUCUGGUCUACCACAUGGACUCCAAGCAGGGCCCAGGGCCUAGACAGGAAGAGGAGGAGCUUCCUGAGGACUUCUUCCAGGUCACGGCUGAAGACGUCAAGAGGCGCUAUGCUCAGCUUCAGACCGAGAGGAGAGCGCUGGAGGAGGCUCCUCUUCUCACCUCUGCUCUGAGGGAGGACCAGGUGCUUACGCAGAUGCGGCGCCACCCACAGGUGUGUAUCAGGGUGUGCUUCCCCGACAGACAUGUUUUGCAGGGAGUCUUCCGUCCACUGGAGACAGUUGGAACUUUGAAGCAGUUUGUCAGGAGCCAUCUUGCUGACCCUAGACUUGAGUUCUGCCUCUAUGGAGCUCCAGGGAGCUUGAAGAUGGAUGACCCCAACGCCACUCUCUAUGAGGCAAAUGUGUUCCCGAACGCUCUGCUUUACUUCUCCUCUGGCUCAAACACGGAUUGUGUCCUCCAUCCACGCCAUUUGAGGUCUGCUGUGUCCUUUGCAGAGGCGGAAGCUGCCAUGAAAAGGGGCGGAAUCUGGCCUGGUGCUUUGGAGGAGAGGAGAUGAGGCUCACUCUUACACACACACUCACACACACACACACACACACACA